CUAAUAUCAUUAUUCGAGUUGAAAAGACCAGAAAGAUUAUAAUAAUAGCAAUACCAGACAUCAUCGUAAUCUCACUCUCUCUCCCCUCCUUCUUUGUUACCCGAAAACGGUUCAGCAAAAGCCCGCCCGCAACAUCCGGCGAUAUUUCCCGAUCCAGGCAGGAGAGGUUUAAUUUUUCCGCUGGGAUAAAAUGAUUGCCAUGGCGAUGAAAUCUUACCAAAGUCAUGCUGAGCUGCUGGUGAAGGAAUAUUUACUAGCUGAUCCUUUGAUUCCGUACACUUCUAUUAUAGGUGGCAUUUUUGCUUGCAAGAUGGUAUAUGAUCUUACCAACUUGUUCAGUGCUGUUUACUUUAAGAGCUAUUCCAGCCUCACGAAAUCGCAACGUAUUGAAUGGAACAACCGCGCCAUAUCCACUUUUCAUGCCGUUUUCAUGGCAACGAUGUCACUAUACUUUGUAUUUUGCUCUGACCUUUUCUCUGAUCAAUGUCCCGGUGGCCUUGUUACAUUACAGAGCUCUGCACUGUCUACAUUUGCAUUGGGGGUUUCUGUUGGCUAUUUCAUUUCUGACCUUGGGAUGAUUAUAUGGUUUUAUCCUUCUCUUGGUGGGAUGGAAUAUGUGAUUCAUCACUUUCUUUCCAUGAUUUCUGUGGCAUAUUCUAUGUUGACUGGGGAGGGGCAGCUUUAUGCCUACAUGGUUCUUAUCUCUGAGACAACAACUCCUGGAGUCAAUUUGAGAUGGUAUCUUGACAUAGCUGGAAUGAAGAGGUCUAAAGCAUAUCUCGUAAAUGGGGUUGUGAUAUUCUUCGCUUGGUUUGUUGCUAGGAUACUCUUGUUUAUCUACUUGUUUUACCAUGUCUCCCUGCACCAAUAUCAGGUCAAACAAAUGCACGCCUCUGGACAACUCUUAGCACUAGUAGUACCAGUAGUGCUAUCUGUCAUGAACAUGAUGUGGUUCUGGAAGAUUUUCAAGGGGAUGAAAAAGACAUUAGCAAAGCGGCACUGAAUAACAUGUAUAACUGGAGCUGUACAAACAAGUAGGCAAUGUACUCCUCAACUCAUGCCACUGAUCGGGUGUGUUUAUUUUGUGCCUCCUCUCCCCCUCUAUCAAUGUGCACAUCCACGAUAGGAAGCCUUGUAAAAAAAGAAUGUGUUUUCUUUUUGUUUACCAAUGGAUGUAGAUCCAAUUCUCGAGAAGAAAUUGGAUACAGGUAUGUACUGACAAGUAGGAAAAUCGAAGGUGUGUCUGUACAGAAACGAUGAGAUAUGCUACGACAUGCAAAUGCGGGCAUAUGUAACUGGAUUUACCCUGUCAAUACAAAUACUUAAUGGAUCAGAGUAGCCGAAA